GUUUUCUACCGAAUGCCACACAUAUCAAUUAUCAUAUGGAUUGGGAUAAAGUUGAAGGAGGGGACAUGAUGUGAAGUUUUCAUCAACAAAACCACCCGGAAUUACACCGUCUCCGGCCAUGACCGACGCAUUUUAGUCGCCGGAGGGGAGGAGCUAAAUCGGAUAAAUAGAGAAAGCGGAUGGGGAUGUCCUGGGAAGACGUGGUGUUGAUCGAGAGAAGUAAGACUACUGGCGACUCGUCGGUGGUGACGGUGAACUGCCCCGACAAGGCGGGGCUGGGAUGUGACCUGUUACGGAUUGUACUUGAAUUCGGACUCUAUGUUACCCGUGGAGAUUUCUCGACUGAUGGAAGAUGGUGUUACGUAGUCUUAUGGGUAGUCCCACGCCCAAGCUCGGUGAGGGUCGACUGGGAAAGCUUAAAAAAUCGGCUUUUAUCUUGUUGCCCUUCAUGUUUACCUACAUUUUAUCUCAAUCACCUCUCUGAUUCUGAUUCUGAUUCUUCCAAAUCACCUCCACUCUACCUGUUGAAAGUUUUCUCACUGGAUCGAAAAGGGUUGAUACAUGAUGUGACGAAAGUCCUGUGUGAUCUUGACCUAGCAAUUCAGAGAGUUAAAGUGACAACAACCCCAGAUGGAAAAGUUCUGGACCUUUUCUUUAUUACAGAUGGCAUGGAGUUGCUUCACACGAAGAUACGACGUGAGGAAACAUGUGAACACCUUAGUGCCGUGUUGGGAGGAUGCUGUAUCACGUGUGAACUUGAGGUAGCCGGAGCAGAGUACGAUGUUCAACAAGGACAUUCUUGUAUUUCAGAAACAGUUGCUGAAGAAUUGUUCGGAGGAUGUGAUGUUGAGGUUGAUCCUUCACAAUCUGAAGCUAGUAUAACAGUCGAUAAUUUAUUGAGCCCAACGCAUACAUUGCUUCAAAUACGGUGUCUUGAUCAGAAAGGUCUCGUGUAUGACAUUUUCAAGAUCUCCAAGGACUGCAAUAUCCGUAUUGUGCAUGGGAGAAUCUGGAGCAGCGAUAAAGGACUGAAGGAGGAGAUGCUGAAUCCAUUAAGAGUUAUUAUUACGAAUCGUGGGCCUGAUACAGAACUUAUGGUUGCUAAUCCUGUUGAGUUAUCUGGGAAGGGAAGGCCUCGGGUUUUUUAUGAUGCUACGCUUGCAUUGAAGACACUCGGGAUCUGUGUGUUUUCGGCGGAGAUAGGAAGACACUCGAGUUCACGGCGGCAGUGGGAAGUAUAUAGGUUCCUUUUGGAUGAAAGUCGAGGAAGCAGCAAUCGAGCUAAACGUGAUGUUGUUGUUGACAAAGUCAGAAGAACCCUUAUGGGCUGGUGAAUGAAUCAAGAUUCAAGGACGGAAU